AUGAGCGUUCCUGUGAUUCCAUAUCAGGUGUCUGAUUUUGUUUAUCAAGAUGAAGUUUCCACUCGUCCUUCGUGGCCGAUAUUCGAUUCAUCUCAUACUUCAAAAGAUCAAGAAUUUGUUACUACAGAGGAUAUACCUUUAAACAGAAGACAUUUUUUGUACCAACCUUGUUCACCAAAUCCUUUACUGUCUCAAUUAAAAUAUGUUACUAGUGAAUAUCCGUAUAGUCAUGCGGGAAUCAAUACAAUGGAUAGGUCGGAUAUGUUAGCGGUCGGUAAGAACUCAAAUGAUGUAGUCAGCGUUAUUGAAACUUGUGGGUGGAGGAGCGGGCGCUGUGAUGUACCUAUUAAGGAGGGUGUAGCAUAUUGGGAAGUUGAGUUAGUGGAAGGCGGCUACCCUGGGGUUAUCGAUGAUCAAGACGAUGAUGACAAAAGGCACCAUCUGCAGAUGUUGCAUUCUACACCUCAUGUACGAUUUGGUGUUUGCAGGAGAGAAUCAUCUUUGGAGGCACCAGUUGGCUGUGAUACCUAUGGAUAUGGGAUUAGAGAUAAUAAUAUGGAGUGUUUGCAUAAUGGUAAGUUAAGCCAGGUUUUAUUGCCAACUAAAUUGAAGCCUGGGGAUAACAUUGGGUUCCUGUUGAAACUGCCUAGUUUUCAGGAACAAUAUGACCAAGCAAUGGCAUAUACAGAAAGGAUGAUUGAGGUGUUGUCGGCCGGAAAUGGGAAUAAUGGGACUUCGAAGAAACGAAUGAGAAAUAUGAACAUGGAAUUUAAAAAGAGCCUCUUACUCAAUCACGAUCCCAAAAAUAUUGUACGUGAUCAAAUUGCCAUUCGUUACAAGAAUCAACUUUUUUUUGAAUCGGCAGAUUUCAUUAAAACCAAUAAGUCAGAAUAUGUCAAUUUGGAAAAUCAAGAUGACAAAGAUUUCUUCAGUUUGAAGGGAUCUUCUUUAACUGUUUAUUUAAAUGGUGAAAAACUUGGAAAGGCUUUUGAGAAUUUGCAACCGUACUUACCACCAUUCAGUGAAUUACACUACAAUGAAAAGUUCUAUAUGAAUCAUUGGAAGAACCACAUGGACUCAAUUCCAAAAAUGGGUGGUAGCAGUCAACGUAAUGGGAUACUGAAAAAUAAAUAUACGAACAACGGUAAGCUAGGAUAUUAUCCGACUAUAAGUUGCUUCAACGGCGGCAUUGCUCGUAUUAUUACCCAGAAAUCCGAACUAAAAUACUAUGAUUCUAUUACUGAUGAGUUUGAUACUGUUAUACACACAAUUGACGAACUUUACAAACAGCAAAUUGCAGAUGAUAUUGUUUGGGAUCUUGUUGAUGAAAUCGAAGCUGAAGCAGUGUGUGCUACUCUGCAAAAAGAAGCUAAUUUGUAA